GGGACCGCCUCUCCUGCUCCAAAGGGGGCGCUGGGCGGCCGGGGCCAGGCUGGUCACUCGCCUCUCUCUCCCCCUCCUCCUCCUCCUCCUCCUCCUCUUCGAGAGCCCCCAAAGGGCGGAAACGCCCCCCCUCCCUUCUUCUCCUUCCUGAGGCGCAGAUGCGGCGCGGCCUCUUCGGAGGGGGGCUCCGUCGGGGCCGGAGGGCGGCCGGGGAAGGAAGGAGGGGCUGAGAGGAAGGAAGGAAGGAAAAGGGAAGAAGAGAGGGAAGAAGAGAGACCCCCCCCCUCGGGACGCGGACAAAGCCAAGGUUGAAUCUCUGCCUCCCUGACAAGAAGGGUUUGACCCCUCGCCAUGCAUUCCCUGGACGAACCCCUGGACCUCAAGCUGAGCAUCUCCAGGCUCCGGGAGAAGGGCGGCUGGGCCCCCGUUGGCCCCAAGCGCCUGGACCCCCGGGCCUCAGAGGAGGAGGAAGAAGAAGAAGAAGAGGAGGAAGGGACCCCCAUCGCCAGCCCCCCCUCCCCCUGCUCCCCCAAUGGUGGCCUUCCGCCGCGGCCCCGGUGCCCCCAGGACAAGAGGGAAGCCCCCUGCCCCUCGCAGCCGCCGACCAUUGACCUCCGCCUCUCGCCGCCCCCAGAGACCCCCGCAGGAUCCUCCUCCUUCUCUUCUUUGCGAGACCUGCCUUCACUGCGCUACAUUGAGGCCCUGCAGAGCUCCUUCCAGUUCUUCCUGCCCCUGAAUGCAGGGGGGCUGCCUUUGCCCGCCUCGGCCUUCCUGGGGGCCCCCAAAGAGAAGCGUCUCUCUCCGGAACUCCCUCUGCAGAAGCAGCAGCUGGUCUGUCAGUGGUCCAAGUGCCACCGGCCCUUUGACCUCCUGCAAGACCUGGUGGACCAUGUCAACGAUUUCCAUGUCAAGCCCGAGAAGGACACCGGGUACUGCUGCCACUGGGAGGGAUGCGCCCGCCACGGAAGGGGCUUCAACGCCAGGUACAAGAUGCUGAUCCACAUCCGGACCCACACCAACGAGAAGCCUCACCGCUGCCCCACCUGCAACAAGAGCUUCUCCCGGCUUGAGAACUUGAAGAUCCAUAACCGUUCACACACAGGGGAGAAGCCCUACCUGUGCCCCUACGAAGGCUGCAACAAGCGCUACUCCAAUUCCAGUGACCGCUUCAAGCAUACGCGCACACACUACGUGGACAAGCCCUACUACUGCAAGAUGCCCGGCUGCCACAAGCGCUACACGGACCCCAGCUCCCUGCGCAAGCACAUCAAGGCCCACGGGCACCACAUCUCCCAGGAGCAGCAGCAGGAGAUGCUCCAGGCGCAAGGAGGCCCCUCUGCCAUCAUCGCCACCUCCGCUGCCUCCAAGGGGGGCUCCCUGGCAGGGGAUGGGCCUUUUGCUAGUGCUCAGCUCCUUCUCCCCGGCCUCUUUGGGGGUCCCGGCUUGAGUGGCCUGCCCCUUGGGCCCCCGGGUGGCCCCCUGGACCUCAGCGCCUUGGCCUGCGCCGGACUGGGCUCCACAGCGGGCAUCGCUGGCCUCCCCAGUCCCGUCCUGGCACCCCUGAACCUGGCCAAGAGCCCCCUCCUCUCCGCCCCCUUUGCGUCCGGCGGGCUGGGGCUGCCCCUGGUCUCCUUGCUGGCCGGAGCCUCCAUUGCUAAGGCCGAGAGGUGCUCCCACGGGAACGGAGCCCGGCUCCUCAAAGGCGGUGGCAGUGGCGGCAUUGUCAGGGGCAGCUGCAAAGGGCUCUUGGAGAGGACUGAGUUGGCCAGGCUGCGGGCCGGGUCCCCUAUGCCCGAGGAGGGGCUUCCCUUGCUGCCUGGGGGUGCCUUGGACCUCUCCACUGGGGUCAACUCUGGGGGGAACCGGAACGGCAGCAGCGGGGGCGAAGCCUUGCCCCCUGGAUGGGUGGUCAUCCCCACUGGGUCGGUGUUGCUCAAGCAGGCGGUGAACUGAGAGGAGGAGAAGGAUGAAGGUGAGGAGGACUGACCACUGGGAGCCGGUUGCAGAGCAGGCUCCCCAUCACCGCCUCCCAUUUCCUGUCCAGACGCCAAGGCACUGGAACAGCCCUGUGCCCUGAAGCUUCCAGUCCCCAGGGGGGUUUGCUUCUGAGACUUCUCUUCUUGGUCAAGGCAAAUGCACGAAA